AACAAGUGAGAAGAGAUCGAGCAAGCAAAACAACAAACAAUGCCUUCUCAAGAACAACCCAGACUCCCUAUUAUAGAUUUCUCUCCUAACAAAUUGAAAUCAGGUACAAGUCACUGGGUAUCCAUAUGCAACAAUGUCCGGCAGGCUCUCGAAGAUUACGGCUGUUUCGUAGCAUCAUAUGAUGAUAAAGUCAUCUCCUCGGAGCUUCACAAUUCUGUUUUUGAUUUGUUAGUGGAUUUAUUUGAUCUCCCUCUGGCAACCAAAACCCAAAACACUUCUGGCAAACCUUACCAUGGCUAUUUUGGCCAAAACCCAUAUAUGCCACUCAAUGAAAGCAUGGGAAUUGAGGACGCACAAAUUCUCAGCAGAACUCAAAACUUCACAAAUCUCAUGUGGCCUCGUGGAAACAAACGCUUUUGUGAUACCAUAUACUCCUACUCAAGGAUUGUUUCCCAAUUGGAACGUUCGGUGAAGAGUAUGGUAUUUGAAAGCUAUGGAGUGAACAAGUACUUUGAUUCUUACAUCAAUUCAACCACAUAUCUUCUUCGACUCAUCAAAUAUAGUGUGCCCAAUGAGAACGAGAGUAACAUUGGCGCCAUGUCUCAUACUGACAAGAGCUUCUUGACCAUACUACACCAAAAUGAUGUGAGUGGUCUAGAGAUCAAAACAAAGGAUGACAGGUGGAUUCAUUUUGAGCCUUCCCCUUCUUCCUUCAUAUUCUUGGCUGGAGAGGCAUUCACAGCUUGGAGCAAUGGCAGGAUAUAUUCCCCUCACCACAGGGUUGUUAUGAGAGAAGACAAAGAUAGAUAUUCGCUUGCAUUGUUCUCAUUCAAUAGCGGGACAAUUCAAACACCAAAAGAGCUAGUCGACGAUGAAAACCCACUACAAUUUAAGCCAUUUGAUCAUCAAGGAUUUCUUCGUUUCUACAGCACUGAUGAGGGCCAAAGGCAUCCGUGUACAAUCAAGGCCUACUGUGGUGUUGCCUUUUGAUAUAAAGAAGCUCAUGGUUAAACUCUGUUGAUUGAAGAGAACUUUGUGGAGAAAAAACUUGAUUAGAGUAACAUUUGAAAAGUAAAUGGAAUUUUGAGGGUGUUGUGUGCGGUAUAAUUUACCCCAUUCUCCUUUAAAAGUUACCA